GGAUUUUGGCAUUUGUGUUUUCAAUUUUCUAGCCGCUUGUUAUUCGUAAAAUGGCAGCUGUGCGCGCUCGUUGCAUUCGCGGUUCCGCUAUCCGUUGAUUUUUUCAUCUGUGGGCUACGAAUAGCAGACAAAGUGAAAUUGUGGAAAAGUGUUUUACGCCAUUGGAAAUGGAAAAUUGUGUGAAAAAGGUGUACAUGCCGUAGUGAAUUUUACACAUAGCUCGGAUGCGAAUUACUAGUACUUGAAUUAUGAAAAUCGGCAAUAAAUAUUUAAAGUGUAAAGAAAUUUCGAAGUAGAAAUUUGAGAAAGAUUUUGUGUUGAAGAAGGCUCUGUCCAUUGUCUCUGUCAAAUGAAUAUUUCCAGCGCUUUUUGCUAGACGAGCUUGGCAAAAAAGGAAAUUGUGGACACGUUUCUCAAAGAGAACUUGGAUAAUGUGAAAUUUUAAUUCUAGUGCUGAAGUAGUUUUUUGUGGAACAGGCUUUACUGAAGCCACUGCGAUUGGACGGAUAGACAUUCUAAUUUGCUAUCAGACGCUUGGAAGCACCUACAUACAUACAUCCUUUCGCUUUAAUCGACAGGAUGUUCAAAGGAUACAGCACUAACAACAAUACAACGGAAUCGCCAAAAACAACAAAAGCGAAUGAGCCGGAUAGAACGAGACUGCAAAAAAAAAAACAGCAUUGCCAGAAUAAAUGAUUAAUUUCGGUGCCCGAAAACAGUAGAGCAAAAUAACAAAAACAAAAAAGAAAUGCGCAAAAUAGCAACAAAGCAUCAACGAAACCCAAACGAUUCCAAAAAAUUAAUCUAAACGAAAAUUCGAACAAACUACAAAUAAAAAGGAAUAACAGAAGAUAAUAAAACAUAACACGUAACAGCAAUUGCGGCUUUAGAGAUUGUACUCAGACUGCCGAAGAAAGCAUCAGUAGCCGAAGUAGAAAAUAUUAAAAGAACAAUAAUUAAAAAGCUAACGAAACGUAGCAGAAAUAAGAAAAAAGUAAUUGAAUUAAAAGAAAAAAAAAAAAACAUAAAAAUGUCGAAACGUCAAAAUAAUUCUUCAAGUUGUUUGCCGCGGCUUUUGAUACGCGUGAUCUUUAGCGAAGAAGACAUCAGCGGUUGAGCUAGUCGUCGUUCCUAACGUAAAGUGACUGAAAGUCGAUAGUGGCUGAUCGUAAUUGAUGUGUCAAUGUAACAGUGGCGAGAUCGAUCUACCAAUGACAUAAUCAAAAGAAGCAGCAAUUAGUGAUUAGAGGACAACGAAGUCUAAAAGUGUUAACAAUUAGUGGCAAUUAUCGUAAUUGUUGAGUAUUCUAAAAAAGCCGAAAUAAAAUAAAAGAGUUGUUAUAUUUUGAGCUAAGUGAUCUUGGAGAAGUGAAUUUAUCAACAUGGAUUUGAGCUUGGAACGCGAUAGUUCCGCGCUGGGCAGUCUUUUCCAGCAGAUCAUCAAUGAUUUGAAGAAUACAUCACCGCUAUGGGAAGACUUUGUUACCAAGGCCACGAAGUUACACCAAUGUUUACGUGCCGCCAUUCAGGCAAUCGCCGCAUAUUUGGAUGCCUUCCAAAAAAUCGCAGACGCAGCAACAAAUUCAAGAGGUGCUUCCAAGGAAAUCGGCACCGCUUUAACCCGUGUCUGCCUGCGACACAAAGCUGUCGAAUCACGUCUGAAAACUUUUACUACAGCGAUAAUGGACUGCCUGGUACAGCCCCUACAAGAUAAAUUAGAAGACUGGAAACGCACAGUGAUCACCAUAGAUAAAGAGCAUGCCAAAGAGUAUAAACGCUGUCGCUCCGAACUCAAAAAGCGCUCCAGCGAUACGCUGCGUCUGCAGAAGAAAGCUCGCAAAGGUCAGUCGGACACCAUACAGUCGCUUAUGGAUUCGCAUAUGCAAGAUGUGACCUUGAGACGCGCCGAGUUGGAAGAGGUCGAAAAGAAGUCGCUGCGUUCGGCAAUGAUUGAGGAACGGCUGCGAUACUGUACCUUCGUGCACAUGCUGCAGCCGGUCGUCAAGGAGGAAUGCGAAGUGAUGUCGGAGCUCGGGCAUUUACAGGAAGCAAUGGAUUCAAUUGCCAUUGUAACGAAGGAUCCGAGCGUUUUGCCGCCAGCCUCCGAGGAGCUCAUACAUGACGCAAAAGCCACAAUGACGCUGUACCCCGAGUCGCCGGGCGGCGGUUCGGGCUCCCAAGGUGGUUGCUCCAAUUCGCUGGGUUCACGCAAAAGCUCCGUUUGUUCCAUUAGCUCCAUGAACAGCAGCGGCUCAAGCAAUUCACCGGGACAUCACCACUAUCCACGUUCGCUUUCGCAGUUAAUUUCGCCUGCAAUACGCUUGAAACCUGGUGAAUCCAGUGAUAGUGGCUUUUGCUCUUCGCCAGCGCUAACCACACAGGCUUCCACUGCCACUAGUCAAUCGCACGCCGUUUCCACUUGGCCUCCACAUUCCCAGGAUGCGGUGCCUGUGCUGCCACCUGCCGCCGAUCGGCCACACACAAUCUCAACCGCCUACGAAAAGGGCCACCAACGACCGCCUCUCACUGUUUACACGUUCCAGAAUCCCGAGACCAUUAUGGAGGGCAAUGGCGGGAGCGGCAGCAUACCGGGUACGCCAAAUGGGCCCAGCGCAGGUGGCGCAGGGUCCGGUGCCAAUGCGCCAUCUACACUGAAGUCGCCAGCUGGUGCGCUGAGUCGUCCACCUCUGCCUGUGCGUUGCUCUUCGCUGGAACGUCCGCUUUCGGCCACCAAUACGCGCAGCGCCAACAAUCUCUUGCAGCGGCAAUGCCCAUCACCUAUACCGGCUCACAUAACCAAAGAGCUUUCAGCACAUCAUGCGCAACAGCAGCAAAUACAGCAGCUGCAGCAACAGCAACAGCAACAACAAUCGCAGCUGCCACAACACCAGCUGCAGUCACCAUCGCCACCGACGUACGUCAAUAUGUCGGAGCUGGCCAACAUGGCUGCGUUGAAAAUCACUAACCAGCAGCAACAACAACAACAGCAGCAGCAGCAGCAGCGGCCCGUUAGUGCAUUGCAACAACAACACUCCAUCGAUUCGAUUUCCUCGCAGUAUUCCAACGAUUCGCUUGCAUCGGGUCACCACCAGUCACAACAACAACUCCAGCAGCAGCAGCAGCAGCAGCAGCAGCAUCAAGGUGCCACUGCUUGUGUCAGCAAUAACAACGCCAGCAAGGCACGUUCACAUUCCGUUUCCUCUUCGUCUGCGUCUGCGUCCUCGAACACACCCUCUUUGCACUCGCAUCCCUCCAUAGAGUCCGGCACGGUAACCACGCCACUUGUUGGCCAGACACCGACACCCUCGAGCGGCAGCUCAACACCACAAAACCACUACUCGCCGCUGCUGACAAAUUCGCCAUCGUCGACAGCGGCCGGCACACCAAGUGGCGGUAGCGUGACGAGCGGAAUGAUGAGCGGCUUUGUGUAUAACGUCAACUCGCCGACACCCCCGCAAAGUGGCACAGCAUCAGUCGACAGCGAUGUCUUAAAGAUCACCGAAACUGAUGGCGGUCAAGCGGCAACCGCCGCCAACGUCGCACCACCCACUAACGAAACCAAUCCUCAGCAACAACAACAGCCAAACAGUAACAACAUAAACACCACUUCUAUAAAAUAUACUACAACAACCAACAACUCCCAAACCACACCCACCGAAACGCCCGAUGAAGAGCAUACGAAUUCCACCAAUCUAACUUCUGCCGCGAUCGAUACAGAAUCACCAACUAUUGUCGAGAAUGACGAACGUUCACGCGCCUCGGUGCUGCAGAAGGCAUCCAUGUUCGAAAAACAGGCCGCCGCCGCCGCAGCUGCAGCAUCCACGACGGCAGUCACAACCGGUCGUUCCAGCAGCGAUGCUAUUUACGGCACACGACGCAACCAAGAGGACGUAUACCGCUCAACAAAUACCGGUAAUCUUUACCAGCAGCCAGUGCAACAGCAGCAGCAGCAGCAGCAUUUGGAGCAACCAGAUGUGGAUAAAAGUUUUGAAGAUUCGAUCCAAGAAUUAAAUAAUUUAAUUGGCGAAUUAGACUCGUUUCAACGCGAGAUCGAUGCCAACAAGCAUUCUACAGCAGCUACACCAUCAACAACAACAACAACGACGCCGACAGCAUCAACAGGGGACAAUUGCGGCGAUCGGCUCUUCCCCUUUAUCAGCACGAGCAGUAGCAGCGGCGUUGGCGAAGACAUGGGAAAUAACACAAAGCCAAAAGUGUCGGAAUGUGGCAACACUGGCGAUUUGACGCCCUUAACAGUUAUAUGCGCGCCGCAACCACCCAAAUCGCCGCAGUGCGCUAGCAAUCAAACGAGUGGCUGUGGCACUGAUCUGUCCGAUGCUGCCUCCGAUGACAUUGCCGCGGAUGUGGGCUCUCUAACGAGACUAAAUAACAACGCCAGCGCGAACGGGAGCACCAACAACGGCCAGCACAACACUAGCGCUGGCAGUAGCAGAGACAAUAAUGGCCGCACAUUGCAGCAGUACAAUUCCGAUUCGGAGCUAAGUCGUUGCUAUGUAAGCGAAACGAGUUCGCUGGCGGGCGGCUACGAGAAUCUGACGUUUGCGCACUUCGCCACAGCGGCUUCGUCAUCGUCGAUAGCCGCUUCAUCGGGCGUGGAUGAGCCCGCCGAUGUGGGCAGCGUUAUCGGCGACAGUCGCUCGCUGAUGGCAGUGUCAUCGACAACGACGGCCGACGAUUGCGUAUCGCACGCCUCGUACAGCAUGGAUAAUGGCAGCGAUGGCGGUAGCAAUGUUGUAGUGAUCUAUGAUCAUCAGAUACCCAUCACGCCGGAUAUUGACUACGUCAAGCAGAAUUCGGAGAUAGUCGUGCUGCGCACCAAGGAUCCGUUGCAGCAGCAGUUAGCGCGUCAGGAUAUGCGCGAGCUAACGCAGUUGCCGGCCAACCUGUGCGCGUCAUUGAACGCGGCCUCCGCGCCGGGAUCGAGCAUGAUGUCUGCGUUGGCGCUAUCGUCGUCGUCGUCGUCGUUGUCGUGCUCAGUGCCCACCUCGCCGCCGCACACCGCGACCGUAGCGCCUGCCAAACAGCGGCUCUCCUCGUUCCGCGCUUCCAGCGAACAACAACUGCAGCUGCUGGGCUGCAGCGAGAAUAACAACAGCGGCAGCGAAUUGUCGCUUCUGCGAGCGCCCAACCAACAUGCUUACGCAGGUACGCCGCAAACGCAAGCGCCAGAAGAGAGUAGGGGAGGUAGUAGGAAGGUGGCAACACCAAAUGCACACAACAACAGUGAUACCAUAAUACGCCGCAAAGCAGCAUUGCCGCCAAAGCCAAGUUUGAGUAUUUUCAAUGGCCAAGCGGCCGAUAAUUUACUAGAAUCUAGUAGCACGCGUAAGAGUAGUAGUAGUGGUAGGGGUAGUUGUGAAGCGGUGGCGGAACGUUUAUCGGGCGUGCCUACACCACCACCGCCACCGCUUUUGACUAAGGCCAGUUUCAAGGCCGACUUAGAUGCAAAAAUACGCAAGCAAAAGUUGAAAUUGCAAUUGCAAAAGGAACAGCAGCAGCAUCAAGAGCUCUUGCAACAAAAGCAACAGCUAAUACAAGAACAACAGCAAUUACAACAACACUCAUCCCAUCAGUCAGCCGCCAACAACUCAAAUAAUCCAAUAUACCUCAGCAACCACAAUCAUAGCAACAAAAAUAACUCGAAUUCCUCCAACAAUACCAUCAACACCACCACCAUCAUCACCACAACCACCACAACCACCACCAAUGCCACCACAGCUAAUGGCAAUCGAAAUAGCAGCGGCGCCAGCAGCAACACUAACAACAACAGCUACAAUAAUAACUGUAAUGCAAUUAUGUUCAAUAAGCGCAGUUGUAGUACACCAAUUCCACCAAAUUCAACACCAACAAAAACUGCACCUGCACCUGCAUCAGCAUCCGCAUCUGCAUCUGCCUGCCGAUCAAAUCAUUUGGCAUUUGUAGUGAAAGCCGCAUUAUCAUCCCAUCACCACACGACUGCAUCCGCAUCCGCAUCCGCAUCCGCAUCCUCAUCGGCAGGGUCACAACUUGUCUACCAAAAUGGUACUAAUAGUAGUAGUAACAAUAAUAAUAAUAAUAAUAAUAAUAAUAAUAAUAAUAAUAAUAGUAGUAGUAGUAAAAGUGCGUCCAAGCAUACCUCAUCUCCUUCAACUGCAUAUCCUAGAACAAGUAAACAAAUCCAUUCUAAUCGAACUCAUUAUCAAUUUCAUGCGCUGAAAUCACAACAUAACAACAACAACAACAACAACACGAACAUUUACCACAUCGAUAACAUAACGAACGGCAAAUCACGCGCCAAACGCUCUGCAUCCAUGACAACCACCACGACACGUGCCUCACCACCACCACCAUCUUCAUCCACAUUGCCAUCGUCGACAUUAUCAUUCCACUCGGCAUCUUGCUUGCCAUCUCGUUCGCCGACUGAUCGCAUUAAAUGCCAACCACCAACGUCACCAUUACCACCACCACGAUUGCAAUCGGCAACUGGGGUGUCUAUCGGCCCAAAACAAAAACACCACACCCGCAUCGAAACUGUUCAUACUUUGUCAUUGCCAUCGUCGUGUUCGCCGCCACCCCUAUCAUCAUCACCAACACCAACAGUGUCAGUAGUAUCUUCCUGCACCUAUGCGUGUUCUUCUGCUUGUACAUCCACGCCGCCUCCCAUCCAACCAACCAACCAAUCAGCAGCUUCCACUGCGGUCUCGGCAGCCUCCACAUCCGCAUCGAACAUAAAUUCCGCCGCCGCCGCCGCCGCCGCCAAACCGAACAUCACGCCGAGACCGGCUUCGUUGUCGGGAGGCGUGACGCGUAUUGCGCGCCGUUCGUCAGUUAACACGGCUAAGCCACCGCCGCCGGUGCGUCGCAGCUCAUCGGUGACGCCGAGUCACAAUGCCACAGGCACUGGGGCUCCUCCGCAAUCGCCACAACAUCAACAUCCAAACCAAUCUCAACAAGCUCAAUAUCACGCCACCCAACAGGCCGCCAGUCAUCAAAAGCCACCAGCAGCACAAUAUUCCCAAUAUGAUUCCGUUGAUAGUCUGCCACCCCCGCCCGCUUAUUUGCUUGACUCAAGGCACGCUACCCAAUUGUCGGCCUCUUCACCGUCGCCAGCAACACCGAUGCCCAGCUCAUCGCUGAAGGUGGCUGAAACGGUGAAGGCGCUAUCCGCUAUGCGUCACAAGCCUGCUUCACCGAAUUCGAUUCGACACAUGCAGCAGUUACAACACCAACAACAGCACCACCAGCACCACCAACAACAACAACAGCAAUUACAGGCCCUGCAGACAACACAGCACUCACCAUCACAAACACCUACACCAACAUCACCACAGCCACCACUACAACUACAACAAAAUAUUUACUCCACAACCGUUAAGAGCUUUUCCUCUACCUCUUUACCACCGGUGCCCAAUUACGAUACUGAACAGUCGUUGCUCCAUUACGAUGCUUAUUCCUACUACAACCCAUAUGUUGAGGUUAGCUCCCAACUCACCGCCACACCACCACAGCUGCUUACUAAUGCUAACGAUGCCGCUUGCCAAACUCUGCCAAUAACACCCAUUUACCAUUACUAUGACGGCACUCAGCCAAGAAAAUCAACACACCACUUACAGCCGCCCAUACGGGAAGCACAGCUGCUGCAUGAGGCAGGAUGCAGCAGCAGUAAUACGCUCCGAGGUAUGGCCAAAAAGAAGGUCGCACACCAGUCACCAGUGUCACCAUCGUACACCUCACCGCCACCUUACGACUUCCAGCAUACCAAAAUAGAGCUGCCACCCCCUUUACCACCACCAAAUCCAAAUCAACAGCGUUCGCUUAAGCAGCAGCAAAUGCACCAAAAGCAGUUAAGUGAGUGUCAUCAACACGUUACACCAACAACACAACAACAUACCCCACAACAAUACAAUCAUCUACAAUCACCGCCACAACAACAACACGAACAGCUUUAUGAUUACCUGCCGUCACCGCAUCAGCACGUUCACUCUCCCAAGCUACAACAUAAAUACCAACAGCAGCAGCAGCAGCAACAACACCAGCAACAACAACAACAACAACACCAGCAACAGUCACAGCUUACGGCGGAGAAUCUUGUCGACCUUGAAGAUGAAGCCAAUAUGUAUAGUGGCAACGCCUCAUUCCGCACAUCAUCGCCUGGCAUUUAUGCGCAACCGAAAAUCGUCACAAGCAUGUCGAGCUUCCGUUCGGCUAGUCCGGCACCGAAUGACCACCACAGCCAACAUCAUCCGGUUGUACCGCCAACACAGCCGAAAACCAAUCCAAAUCUUAUCGCACAGCUUAAUGCCCGACUAAGCAAGCAAAACCAACAACAGCAGCAGCAUAAUGCAAGUGAUGGUGGCACUUAUGGCUCCACGCCUAAUUCACCAAACCACCACACAUUGCCCCACCAGCAUCAGCAUCACCAAAGUGAGCCCGUCUAUAUGAGGAAUUACACGCAUCCCCAUCACCAACAGCAGCAACAAAUGUCAUCAGCCGCCACCGCUCCGACGCACCAGCAGCAAAACUAUGACGGUAAAUCGAAUAUAGAGAAACAUAGUAAAAUUUAUGGUAGUUUUAGCACUGCAAAUGCCACGCAAUCAUCUCAAGCGUCAUCAUCAUCAUCAUCACCAUCAUCUAUUACUGUAACAGCCAAUUUCAAUGCUGCACCACAUUUUCCCCUAUCAUCUUCUACUUCAUCGCUACUCUCAAAAGUCACUUCAUUUGCAACGAAUGCCACUUCCACGGCCGUUGUUCUUUCCUCAACAAUGCCAUCACAAAUACAGUCACAGUCACAGUCGCAGUCGCAGUCACAAGCAGCAGCUUCUGCCUCCCAUUAUCACGCAUCCUCGCGAGAUCAUCACCACAAUUACCAUAUCAAUCAGCAUAGUCAAUAUCAGUCAGUCGCUUCGCAAAAUGCAGCGCAAGGGCCCAAAGAGCAUAUGCACUCAAAUAUUUACUCCUCAUCCUCCUCGAUAACCACCGCAACGUCACACUCGCCAUCCGCCGCCACUCAAAUUAACGCCAAUAAAAAUGCUGCAGCUGCACAGCAAUCGAAGCAUCAAGCGACCUACGCUCCUCCUGGCGGUGUAGCCAGACAUUACAUUGCUCCAACGCAAUCGCAACAGCAGCAGCAGCAGCAGCAGCAGCAGCAACAACAGCAACAGCUUCAUCAUCAUCAUCGCGAGCCACAUCACAGCUGCCCACCGCCGCUUGAGAAUCCACCACCGCCACCCACCAACUCAUCCAUUUACUCAGCCACAGCCAAUGCAACUGCGACCAUGCCCAAAAAUGCUAUGCGCACAAAUCUAAGCGUUAGCAGCGCAGGCGCGGGCGGCGCCACCUAUGCUCCCCCUUCGUCCGCCAUGACAUUGCCUAAGAAUCUCGCACAACAGCGUUUGCAGCAACAACAGCACUAUCAGCAGCAGCAGCAACAGCAACAACACUACCAACAGCAACAAUAUCACCACCCAACCGCCAACGCAGCCGCUCAACAACACCAGCAACAUUCCCAGGCGACUACUGCAACUCACCGUGCGCAAAUACCACUGCCACACCACCAACAGCAACAGCAGCAACAACAGAUGUCCUAUAAACAAAAGUCAGCCACUUUGCAAAGCAAUCACCGGCAGCCGCCCGUACCCUCGCGUCACUCCAGCGUGCAGCAGAAGAUCUUUGUCGCCACCAAUCCAUUCAUUCAAACUACAACCAUACACUGUCACUCGCCCGCAUCGGUGCACUCGCAGCCGGCAUCACCCACCUGUUCGUCGCCGUCGUCGUUGGCGAGCAUUUACGGCACUAGCUCGAGGAGUCAUCACCACCACCACCAUCAUCAUCAGCAACAGCAGCAGCAGCAGCAGCAGCAGCAUCACGGCAGCGGCAUUGGCAGUAGCGGCGGUAAUAGUGGUGGAGCAGCCGGCAAUGGUUACUACGCUGCCCCGCACAAUUCAACGAGUUAUGCUAGCUCUAACAUUGAGAAGGCGGGCAGCAUUCGUUCGAAAACAAAAGCAGAAUUUCUUGAGAAUCUCAAUGCGAAGCUGGCCAAGCAGGGUCUCUCCGGGCGGGCCUUUGCAGUGCGCAAUCUGAUCAAUAGCAAAGCCUUGCCCGAUCCACGCAUUUGUCAUGAAUCGCUGAUGGACCAAAUCAAGCGUGGCGCCACACUGAAACGAAAUCAAAAAAUAAACGAUCGGAGUGCACCGAAAAUACAUUAAAUCGUUUACUGGCGAGAAAGAGGCUGCUAAACAUGUCGGAGUCAGAGUCGGAGGAGAAAAAAUUGUUAAACGUUAACAAACGAGCAAUUAGAGGCCGUACGCGACCCGAACAUUCAGACUGUUUUACCGACGCCACUGGGAGGAGGGAAUACAAAAUACAAUACCUAAACGCAUACUUACAUAUGAGUACAUACAUAUAUACGUUUAUAAAUAAUAUAAUAUUGCAGUUAGUUGUAAGCGAAUAAAAAAUAGAAUACACUUACGCUAAUUUAAAGGCGAAUAAACUAAAUGAAUAUGAAUGAGUGAAUAAGUGUAAAUUAGAAAAACUGUUCCAUAUCCAUACAAAUUUAUACAAAAAAAAAAAAAAUAUUCAUUAUGAACCCAAAAUACAUAUAUAUUCGAAGUAUCAAUGCAAAAGAUUUUAUACCUACCCACAUACAUACAUAUGUACAUAUACUUAACAUAUAUAACAUACAUACAUAUGUACAUGUUAGCAUUCAUAAAUACAUAUGUAUGUAUGUAUUGUAUUUAUUCCUUUUAUAAGUUUUCGUUGCUCAACUACCCAAAAUUUUCAUUUCUUAAAGUUUAUACUCGUAUUAAUGCAAAUAUUGAUGUAAGCGAGAAAAUUUAAUGAACAUACAUAUGUAUAUACAUACAUUUGUAUGCUAACGACAAAAAAUCGUUUAUCUGUUCAUAGAACAGUUGCGUAUCAUAAUCAUUUCAAGAUACAUAUUUUAAUGCAGUUACUGCUUUUAUUCUACAAAAUUACCUACCAGCCGAAAAAUAUCAGUGAGCAAAUAUAUAGUUUAUUUAUUAGUAUGCAUAAAUAUAUGUAUGCAUAUGCAGCAGAUGCUUACUCGUUUACUGUGCGUUCUAUACAUACAUUUACCUAAUCGUAUACAUACAUGCUUACAUAAUACAUAUAUACAUAUUUACAUAAGCUAUCAAUUGUAUGAAUUAACAACCGAAUUGCGUAUUUCAUAUAACCAACUCGAAUUUUUACCAAAAAAAAAAAAAAUAUAAAAGAAAUACCUACUGAAAAAUCGUAAAAUGUAAAUUAAGCAUGGAAGGGAAUUUUCGGAAAAGCAACUUAUUUCGAAAUAAAAUAUGUACGUAGAAUUAACUUUUAGUUUUCACUAUGUUUUUCAUAUCAACCGUUAUCAUUUCAAUUAAAAUAUAUUUUUUCAAGUGUAUAUACAUAGUUUAUAUUCUGAUUUGAACAAUGUUUUAACUAUUAAUGUAUUUACUUUUUAUUACUUAUUAAUUUAUAUAAAACAUUUAACUGAAUAUUUGAAAAAUAUGCUGAAUAAAGAAUUAAAUCAUAUA